AUGGAGGUGCACAAUGUAUCAGCCCCCUUCAAUUUCUCGCUGCCACCUGGCUUUGGCCGCCGCCCCACAGACAAGGCGCUGAGUGUCAUCUUGGUGUUAAUGCUGCUAUUUGUCAUGUUCUCACUGGGCUGCACUAUGGAGUUCAGCAAGAUCAAGGCUCACCUGUGGAAGCCCAAAGGGGUGAUCAUCGCCAUGUUGUCCCAGUAUGGCAUCAUGCCCCUCGCUGCCUUUGUCCUGGGCAAGGUCUUCAGGCUGAACACAGUUGAGGCACUGGCCAUCCUCAUCUGUGGCUGCUCUCCUGGAGGGAACCUGUCUAACCUCUUCACCUUGGCCAUGAAGGGGGACAUGAACCUCAGCAUUGUGAUGACCACCUGCUCCACCUUCACAGCCUUGGGCAUGAUGCCUCUCCUGUUGUACGUCUACACCAGAGGGAUCUAUGAUGGAGAUCUUAAAGACAAGGUGCCCUAUGGGGGCAUUAUGAUAUCACUGGUCAUGGUUCUCAUUCCUUGCAGCAUAGGAAUCUUCCUCAAGACCAAAAGGCCACAAUAUGUUCCCUACAUCAUGAAGGGAGGAAUGAUUACCACUUUCUUCCUCAGCGUGGCUGUCACGGUCCUCUCUGUCAUCAAUGUGGGCAAUAGCAUCAUGUUCGCCAUGACACCACCAUUACUGGCCACCUCCUCCCUGAUGCCUUUCAGUGGCUUCCUGCUGGGCUAUGUUCUCUCUGCUGUCUUCCAGCUCAAUCCAAGGUGCAGGCGCACCAUCAGCAUGGAAACAGGAUUCCAAAACGUUCAACUCUGUUCUACUAUCCUCAACGUGACCUUCCCCCCUGAAGUCAUUGGACCACUUUUCUUCUUUCCUCUUCUCUACAUGAUUUUCCAACUUGCAGAAGGAAUUCUCUUCAUUGUUAUCUUCCGGUGCUAUGAGAAAAUCAAGCCUCCCAAGGACAAAACGAAAGUCAUCUACAAGGCUGCUGCAACUGAAGAUGCUGGCCCAGCUCUGGAAAAAGGCACCCACAAUGGGAAUGUUCCUUCCACACAACCUAGCCCUUCCCCCAACGGACUGGACUCUGGUCAGGCGAAAAAUUAGCAGCAGCAAGAAAGAACACCAAUCUUGCCUGAAUGUUUGUAUAGCACUUCCAGCAAAUCACUUUCCAGCAAAACCUAAGCUAGAGGAGCAAUCUACCCAGGAACCCUCCCUCACCCAUCCCCAACAUGGAAUUUGCUAUGUGUUCAAAAACUAAGUAAGAACUGAGCAAAGUGGUUCAUGUCCAUAAUCCCAAUGCUCAGAAACUCAAAGUCAACCUUAAGGUACAAAGCAAGACUGUCAAACCAAAAAUACCCUUCAGUGGCUAUGAACACUUAUGAAGGCUGCACUCACCCCCCCCCCCACAGCAGUAUCUGAUGAGCAUUAAUGUCACUAUUUCUAAACU